AUCAAACGACAUCGAAUGGCUUAACGUCAGCUACGUUUUCAUACAGCCCAACUUUCCACAGUUUUCUGACUCAUAGAGGAGAAAUGUGUACACACUUUAUAUUAGAUUAAAUUUAGAUCACGCAUGGAGAAAGAAAAACAGCUGCAUUGGUCGGAUAUUCUGAAAAAAAGUAUAGCAAACUCAAAAAAAGACGAAAGAACUGAAGAGGAAAAGAAAGCAGAAGAAAAUGAGCUAGUCACUAAAUAUUACACAGAGUGGAAAGGAGGAAGCGACAAAGACGAGUCCUACAAGAACAUCCCACGAUUCUACUACAGGCUACCAGCAGAGGAUGAAGUAUUACUUCAGAAGCUGAGAGAAGAAUCCAGAGCAGUCUUCCUACAAAGGAAGAGCAGAGAACUGCUGGAUAAUGAGGAACUACAGAACCUGUGGUUCCUGCUUGAUAAGCACCAGGUCCCUCCAGUCAAUGGAGAGGAGGCCAUGAUCAGCUAUGAAGCCUACCUGCAGGUUGGGGAGAAAGCUGGUUCGAAGUGCAAAAAAUUUUUUACAGCCAGAGUGUAUGCCAAGCUUCUCAACAAUGACCCUUACGGCAGGAUCUCCAUCAUGCAGUUCUUCAACUAUGUCAUGAGGAAAGUGUGGCUGCAUCAGACCAGAAUAGGUCUGAGUCUGUAUGAUGUGGCAGGGCAGGGCUACCUUAGAGAGUCGGAUCUGGAGAACUACAUCCUGGAGCUGAUCCCUACUCUGCCUCAGCUGGAUGGACUUGAGAAGUCCUUCUACUCAUUUUACGUCUGCACUGCUGUUCGCAAGUUCUUUUUCUUUCUCGACCCACUGCGAACUGGGAAAAUUAAAAUCCAGGACAUAUUGGCAUGCAGUUUUCUUGAUGACUUGUUAGAGUUGAGAGAUGAGGAGUUGUCCAAAGAGAGCCAGGAGUCUAACUGGUUCUCAGCCCCGUCAGCUCUUAGAGUCUAUGGUCAGUACCUUAACUUGGAUAAGGACCACAACGGCAUGUUGAGCAAAGAGGAGCUUUCACGCUACGGCACAGCCACUCUUACAUCAGUGUUCCUGGACAGAGUAUUUCAGGAGUGUCUCACAUAUGAUGGAGAAAUGGACUAUAAGACCUAUCUAGACUUUGUACUGGCUUUAGAGAACAGAAAGGAGCCGGCAGCGCUACAGUACAUUUUUAAACUUCUGGACAUGGAGAAUCAGGGAUACCUCAAUGUCUUCUCACUCAACUACUUCUUCAGGGCCAUUCAGGAGCAGAUGAAGCUGCACGGUCAGGAGCCCGUCUCCUUCCAGGAUGUCAAGGAUGAGAUCUUUGACAUGGUGAAGCCUAAAGACCCCUAUAAGAUCACGCUGCAGGAUCUGGUGAACAGUUGCCAGGGUGAUACUGUCACCAGCAUCCUGAUCGACCUCAACGGCUUUUGGACGUAUGAAAACAGAGAAGUGCUAGUUGCUAAUGACAAUGACAGCAGCAAUACAGCUGACCUUGAUGACACCUGAAGAGUAAAUGAAACAUUGCUUGUUCAAAGCCUUUACCUCAGCAGGACACUUAAAACCUUUACCUACUGGUACAGAACCCUCUUUAGUUUAAUGUUUGCAGUGUAAAGAUGAGUAGUUGAAUAGAAGAAGUAAAUCUGGGAAUAGUACUUUGUGUAAAUAUACCUCUCUGUGUCUGUGUUUUUUUGGAAAAUAAAAUAAAUAAUAAAUAAAUAAAUGUUUUCAUACUUUUCC